AGACCGUGCAUUUCUGCUUUCUUUGGAGUAGGCGAAAAGAUAAAUUACUAUCUUCGUACCUUCUCGACUUUAUUUAAAAGUUAUAAUCCCAAGCUAUAUGAACAUUUCAAAACUCUCCAACUGUACCCAUCACUAUUCUUGUCUCGUUGGUUUACUAGCAUGUUUACAUGUUUCUUGCCUUUAGACAUUGCCAGCCGUAUCUGGGAUUGUUACUUCCUUCAUGGGGAAGUUUUCUUAUUUAGAGCAGCUUUCGGGAUACUGUUUGCGUUAGAACCGCAAUUAUAUGGUUCAUUAGAUGAAACUUUAAAAGUAUUGACGUCUGAACCAUUAAAGGGCGUGGGUAUUGAAAAGACGUUUGAAUAUAUCGAGAAAGUUGAACUGAAAGAAGAGACUUACCAAAACCUAAUAGUGAAAGAGAUUUCUGGUAGUUAA